CCUGCCAUCCUGCCUCCUUCCCUGUGAGGCUGCCAGAUCCCCCUGCAUCCCCCAUCAUCCCAGUCCCUCCUGCUGUCCCUGAGGGAAUCUGAUCCACUCCAGACCCCUUCCCUUCCCCUCUCCGCUUCCCACCCUCUCCCCUACCAUGCACUCCUUUCAUCCCUGCUGGUCCUGCUGCUGCUUGCUCCUCUUUUCCUCCCUGGGAGUUCAGGGGUCCCCAAAGGCUCCCAGUGCUGCUCCGGAGCAAGUCCACCUGUCCUACCCAGGUGAGCCAGGCUCCAUGACUGUCACCUGGACCACGUGGGUCCCAGCCCCCUCUGAAGUGCAGUUUGGGCUGCAGAUCUCAGGGCCGCUGCCCCUCCGGGCUCAGGGCACCGUCAGCCCCUUUGUGGAUGGGGGCAUUCUCCGGCGGAAAUUCUACAUACACCGAGUCACACUGCGAAGGCUGCUGCCCGGGGUCCAGUAUGUUUACCGCUGCGGCAGUACUCAGGGCUGGAGCCGUCGGUUCCGAUUCAGGGCCCUGAAGAAUGGGCCUCACUGGAGCCCCCGUCUGGCUGUGUUUGGGGACCUGGGGGCUGACAACCCGAGAGCCCUACCCCGGCUGCGCAGGGACACCCUGCAGGGCAUGUACGAUGCUGUUCUCCAUGUGGGAGACUUUGCCUACAAUAUGGAUGAGGACAACGCCCGCGUCGGAGACAAGUUCAUGAAUCUUAUUGAACCUGUGGCCGCCAGCCUGCCCUACAUGACGUGCCCUGGGAAUCAUGAAGAACGCUACAACUUCUCCAACUACAAGGCUCGUUUCAGCAUGCCUGGGAACAGCGAAGGCCUGUGGUACAGCUGGGAUCUGGGCCCAGCACACAUCAUCUCCUUCUCCACCGAGGUGUAUUUCUUCCUCCAUUACGGCCGCCACUUGGUAGAGAAACAGUUUCACUGGCUGGAGAGUGACCUCCAGAAAGCCAAUCAGAACCGGGUAGCCCGGCCCUGGAUCAUUACCAUGGGUCACCGGCCCAUGUACUGUUCCAAUGCUGAUUUGGAUGACUGUACGUGGCAUGAAAGCAAGGUUCGCAAAGGCCUCCUCGGCAAGUUCUAUGGGUUGGAGGACCUCUUCUACAAAUAUGGGGUCGACCUGCAGCUGUGGGCUCACGAGCACUCCUACGAACGGCUGUGGCCAAUUUACAAUUACCAGGUAUAUAACGGCAGCCGGGAGACACCCUACACCAACCCUCGAGGCCCCGUUCACAUCAUCACAGGGUCUGCGGGUUGUGAGGAGAGGCUGACCAGCUUCACCCUCUUCCCGCGGCCCUGGAGCGCUGUGCGUGUGAAAGAGUACGGGUACACGCGGCUACAUAUCCUCAAUGGGACCCACGUUCACAUCCAGCAGGUGUCCGAUGACCAGGAUGGGAAGAUUGUAGACGACAUCUGGGUGGUGAGACCUCUGCUCGGCCGGAUGAUGUACCUCUAAGGAUGGGGACAGCUCUCAUCUGGGACCCCGGGCCUUACUGCCUUGGCUGGGGUGCCCAGGCCCAGGAGGGGAGUCAGGGCGGGCCUCGACUUCUCUAGCCUCCUGAGCCCUGUGAGGGGUGGAUGCAGCCCCUAGGGAGCUGGAGCAGCUCUACCCUUCCUGACUGUCUGGAGGGCAAAUGUGCAGAGUGAAGCAAGACAGGUUUUGGGUGGCACAGCCCUGCCUUCCUGCAGAGCACUGAUUGGGCGGAGUGUCCACAGAGCCUCUGGAAUAAAGAGGCUUAUGACUGUGGCUCCGUGGAGUCUGCACUUCUGCUGGGGAUGCCCUGCUGGGCCACCUCCUCUCCUGCAGGCCUGCGAGGACCAUCACCAGCCCCAAGUCAGCAGAGUGGGCACGGCUGUC